AUGGCAUUUGCAAGGACAGGUGCUCAACGCAUGAUCAACCGUCUCAGCCAGCAAGUACGAUACGUUUCCACUGCCGCAACUAUGUCCGACUCAAAGCGUCCCAAUAUCACUCUUUACACCGAUGCCACUCCAAAUGGUAUCAAGAUCUCCAUCGCGCUCGAAGAACUAGGGGUUCCGUACAAGACCGAGCAUAUCGACAUAUCGACUGGGAAACAGAAGGAGCAGUGGUUUCUCGAUAUCAACCCCAACGGUCGUAUCCCAGCCAUUACUGACACCUUCGAUGAUGGAAAGACGAUUCGCCUAUUUGAGUCUGGCAGUAUCUUCCAGUAUCUCGCCGAGCAAUACGACACCGAGCAUAAGAUCAGCUACCCUCAAGGUUCGAGAGAGUAUUAUGAGGUCAACAACUGGCUGUUCUUUCAAAAUGCCGGCUUAGGACCCAUGCAAGGCCAGGCCAAUCAUUUCGUUCGCUAUGCCCCUGAAAAAAUCAAGUAUGGCAUGGAUCGAUACGUGAAUGAGACGAGAAGACUUUACGGUGUCUUGGAUAAACAUCUCCAGUCCUCAAAGUCCGGCUUCAUCGUCGGUGACCACAUCUCAAUCGCGGACAUCACCACCGUUGGCUGGGUCAUAUGGGCUGGUUGGGCGGGUGUUGACAUUGACGAGUUUCCCACGUUGAAGAAAUGGGAGGAAAUGAUGUAUGCUCGACCAGGCGUGAAGAAAGGUGCUGAUGUUCCAAAACCUUUGGACAUCAAAAAGAAAUUGCAAGAAAAAGAUAAGCUUGAUGAAUACGCGAAGCAGUGA